UCCUCAUUUUCGAAAAAAACUAUCCCACCCAAAAGAAAACAAGGAAACAGAUUCUAAACUCAAUUUCAGGAAAUGGCUCUUGGGCUUGAAAUUACAGAGCUGAGGUUGGGUCUUCCUGGGGAUUCUCCUUGUGUGGAGAAGAUUGGGAAGAAGAGGGCAUUUUCGGAAAUCGCUGCUGCCGUCGUUGAGGACGAACACAGCGCUAGCGAUGAAGGGAAUGAUCAGGUGAAGAAUCGGGUUGUUGGGUGGCCGCCGAUUUGCUCGUAUAGGCAAAAGAACAGUCUUCAUGAGAGGAAGAGCGGGCCUGAGGCAGCGAAAAUCUACGUGAAGGUUAGCAUGGAUGGUGCGCCUUUCUUGCGUAAGAUCGAUUUGAAUGUCUACAAACGGUAUUCGGAUCUUUCCGUUGCAUUCGAGAAGCUUUUUGGGUGUUUUGGAAUCGGCACCCUUGCAGGCAACCAUACCGAAUAUUCUGAAUAUGUUCCAAUCUACGAAGACAAAGAUGGAGAUUGGAUGCUUGUUGGAGACGUUCCAUGGGAGAUGUUUAUCGAAUCGUGCAAGAGGCUAAGGAUAAUGAAAAGGUCGGAGGCGAACGGCAUCGGAUUACAAUCUAGAAGCCCUCCCACAUGCUUCCAUGGGCCAUCAUUGGGGAGGGAAACGCAAGUCGGGCACGAAGCAUAACGAGUAACGAUUCGACAAAAACCGUCAUGAGUUUGGCACACUCUCUUCUCCAAUAUUAGGUGUCUUAGUUAGAGUUGUUAAGGUGUCAUUAGUUGUCAAGUAUAUACCAAUGUAUACCGUUUAUGUUUUAAUUACCAUUUAGCGGAAAUGUUUAGAUACGGACUAAAAUAGAUUAGGGGAGUUUAAUUGGCUCCUGAUCAUACACUCUAUGAAGUGAAUAUAGACAUAAGUUUUUUAUAUUGCAGAAUAGAUGUUUGGAUAUUACAUGUGGGAGUAGGUGUUCUAAGAGGGAGAGUGGCAUCUUUGGAUGUUCCUAUGUUGCAUUGCUAUGUUGUUUAAUUAUCAAGGCUUGUUUGUUAUCUUA